AUCUAACAGCCAGUCUGUUAAGUAAAUCACACUUCGCUAAAUUGUACUCGUUACAUUAAAAAAAAAAAUACUUUUCUUUUUACGUGAUGCUCACGUUAAUUCUGUCAUUCUUUUUCUCGAGUGUUCGAACACUUUAAUGUUACUCGAUUUCACAUUAAUGUACGUUCGCAAUAAUAAUGGGCUGUAACCCGAGCAAAGUAGAAGAAACCAUUGUCAAAAAUAAUAUCAAAAAAGAUAUGCCUCCCAAAUUAAGUGCCAAUAAUGUAAGUCAGCAACCAGUCGAAAUGGUGUUAAUACCAUUGACCGACGACAAACCCGAUCGAAAUACAUUGAGCAGCAGCAACAGUAGUAGUAGUAGUAGCAGCAGCAGUAGCAGCAGCAGCAGCAAUAGUAAUAACAACAGAAGUUAUAAAAAGAAAAUAGAAAACAUCAAAAUGAAAACGGCUGAAGACGUAGUCGAUUUUGAAAAAGAAUUCAGGCCUGAUGACACAGAACUAUGUCACGCAGCUACAAAAAUACAAGCUUCGUUUCGCGGACAUAUGACGCGUAAACAGCAAGCCGCCGGUAAAGACGAACAGGGUGUUGCUUCUAGUGCCAGUUCUGCAGUUGAUAAUCUGCAAACAGAACUUAAAAAUGUCGAUAUUAACAAGGAUCAGGCGGAAGAAAUACUCGACAUGGAUUUGGCCGAUCCAGAGUUGCACAAGGCGGCUUCCAAGAUACAAGCGUCGUUCCGCGGCCACAAGGCUCGGAAGAACGACGAUGCCAACAAGCAAUAAACCAUCGUUCAAUUAUCACUGUUGCCGCCUGACGUUGCGCUCUUUUUCCGCGUAGAAUUCCCAAUAUUGUCGUUGGCAACUUAACUCUCGUAUUCUCGUAAUAUUGAGAAAGGGCACAACGUUGUAUAAUAGGCGGAUCACAUCCUUGUCAUUGUCUCAACACUUUUCUUUAAAAUAAGGCCGGACAUUAUUCGCUUGAAAUCAACUCCGAUUAUUCAACACCUACACUAAGAUUUACGUUAUAAAUACACACCAAAGUAUUUGAAUAUUUGUACAAUCCUUAUUGCGUGCCAUGGCAACGUUAAGUUAUUGUACGUCAUCAACCGCUAAUGAACUAUAAUAAAAAAUUCCGACUUCACCCUUUCCGUUCCUCCCUCGCAGGACGUCACAGUCGUUACUACCUGGAUCAAUCACACUACCAAUCUCCAUAGCCACUACUACUACUACUCGACACAUCACCGUCAGCAUUGCCAGUGUUAUUGCCAUUGCCGGAUACAUAAUUGUUGUGGUCGAAUAGCCAAAUUGUCAUUGCGGUAACAUUUCAAUGUAAAUCACAAAAUAUUAAAAUAACCUAUACAGAAACGAACACGCGAACGUGCCAUAUAGAAAAUUCAACACAAUACACAUUGUAGUGUAGCAAUAAGAAGCGCACAAAAUAUAAUAUUUGUAUGUUUGCGGUCAAUACUAUGUGUAUGUUUAUCUGUAAUUAUUUUUAAUUAAUCAAUUCGUGUUAUUUGGUAGCAGCAGGGUAAUCAAUAAACUAUGUAUAAUGACAUAUAUAUAUAUAUAUAUAUUAGAAAAUAAUGUGGGGGGUAUAAAAAACCUUCAGUCACAAUUCCAUCGGAAAAAAACUACGAAAGAUAUAAUGGGUAGAGUAAUAACGAUACGACGCAAGACGAACAGUGACGUGGAGACUGUUUUCUUAGUACUACUUUUCGAUUUAACAGUAACUAAUUUCUUUUCGAUUAGAAUUUUUGUCCGGAGAGUUGAUGACGAGGACCUCUGAAUUAAAUCGACGCGUAGUCACUUUAUUUUUACUCGUAUAGUUUAUAAAAUCGUUUACUUUUCAUUCGAUUUGAAUAAGUGCUUUUUUUUUUUUAAAUUUUUAAUCGUUCGACAAUAUUUUGACAAAUCUGAUUUCAAUUGUCGAGCUUCAAGACGGAAUCGUUGAAAUUCACAACUCCCGAUGGUGUGCUAAGGAAAACGUACAUCCAAAAUAGAUACGAAAUUCUUCAAACUUUUAAGGUCUAUGUUUAUUAAGUUGCUAAGUGGCCACCACCGAUGGCUUAUGAUAUUUUUGAAUCUAUGAUAAAAUUUAGCUUCGAUACGAAGACGAAAAGGCAUUAAUACCACCUCGUAGUGAAAUUAUUUUACUAUGAUGUAGAUUUAUUUUUUGUUUUACAAAUUUUACCAGCUACGUUUUUCUUUAGCACACUCGGACCGUAUAAAACUCAAUGUAUUUCGUCUAUAUCGUUCCAACGUUUACAUAAAAAACAUAAUAUUUCCUAUUUCUAAUACCAAGCUUUUUUUUUCAUUAUUAUCAAAUAUUUUAAAAUUAUUUCUGAAAGAGUAGACUUAUUGAUUAAGAAGUCAUUGUUGUCGGUUGAUCGAUAGUAAUUCUACUCAAAAUACCUAUGUAAUUCAUAAAUAAAAAUAUAGGUAAAUAAAAAUAAAAAACAAUAAAAAUAGUCGAUUUUUAUUUACAUGUUUUAAGUUUUCAAUAAUAUUUUAUAAUUAAUAGAGCUUGGUCACUUCGCCAAAGUAGUAUCGUAUCGUUAGAGUUCACAUAUCGAUUUUAUAUAUAUAUAUUUCUUUUCAUAAAUAUACGAAUAAUUUAACGAACCGUGUUCAAUUUUGAAGAAAAGUUAUAAAUUAUUAUAAUACUUUUUUAAUAAACUUUUUAGACGUCGCAAUUCGUUUCGGAAUUAAUUCUUUUAGUAAAUGAUCGUUGAAUUAUAAUUUAUUCAAAAACUAUAUUAGCUACAUUUCACGUACGCGACUGAAAGUUAUGUUAUUAUUUUAUAGUCUAUUUAUAUCAGUGUUAUAACGCUUUAUAUUGUUAUAAAUGAAUUAAUUACUAUUAGUGAAUUUUAAUUUAUUAAACUUGUUGAUAUAAUAAAUAAUAAAUAAAAAUUAAUUAUUUAUUAUAUAUCCUAUUUUAUUUAUCAAUUUAUCAUUACAUUAUUAAAAUUUUAAUGUUUAAACUUUGAAGAUCGUAGGUGGUUGAAUUUCUUAUUUAAAAUUGCAUUUAACAUGUUUUUUCAAAAAAAAAUUAAUCGCUGUAUAGAAUACGUAACAAACAACAAUUUUAUUAGUUCUACGAAAGUAGGUACUAACAAGAUUUUUACAAAUAGUUAAUCGUGUUGUUUAAUAUAAUUUUUUUUUCUAAAAUGAUAUUAUUAUUUUAGGAUUGUAUUUGAGAGUUUAGAGUGGGGUGGCUAUAAGAAUUUUGGACACAGUAUUUUUUUUAGAUCGCCCUUUAAAUAAUAUUGGAUUUUUAUUUUUUCAUCGAACCUUUAAUUAUAUUUAUUUUGUUAGUAUUAAUAUUGAUAGAAUGACAACUACCAACAUUAGAAAUCAACUUUUUUUUUUUAUCAAUCGUGUUGUUAAUAUUUGAAAAUUUUGCAAUUCAUUAUUGAGAUUCACCUCUCAGAAUAAUAAGAAUAUUACCUUGAUUCCUGGGCCACCCCAUAAUAUAGCUCUGUAUUAUUGUAUUGUAAUAAAGCCUUCAUAUAUAUAUUUGUUAGAUGCAUAACUACCACAGCUACAAUUGUCUUAUCGUAUAUCCAUAUUUUAUUAGUAAUUACGUUUUCAAAUUUAUGUAUAUAUUAAUGCGUAUUUUUGAAAUAUAGUUUAUAUUUAUUUUUAUUUUAUGUUUCAUUCAAAUUGUAAUAAUUAUUGUAAUUUCUCAUUUAAUUGUUUAUGAAAUAUAGAAAUGACUAUGUAUAGCUUAUCAUUUGACGAUA